GAUUCUCUCUCAUUUAUGCUUUUGCACACCUUGGUGUUUGCUAUAACAAGCCAUUGAACACACCUAACGUCUAAGGAAACAAACAAAAAUAUUUCGGUCUGCGGGGUCUGCGAGUCGUUAAAUGUUUAAAUUUGUUCAAAAACCUUCUAAAGUAUCCUCUAUUCUUAGUUUAUAUUUAAAAAUGGAAACCAAAUCGGUGUAUUUUUCUCCUCGCAAAACACGCAAUUCAAUCAAGCAACAAAAUCAAGGAUCUAAUCUCAAAACGAAACUUCUCCAGAAAGUAGUCGAAUCCAAAUCUACUGCGAUUGUGAGUGAGUCAGCCUCUGUACCACGGAUUAAGAUAGAAUCAGCAGGUCCUGAGCCACGUUUAAUUGUGAAAAAAUCACGCCAACGUAAACCGGUUAAAAUUGAAACAAGCCCAGAGAGAACUGUCGAAACGGUUGAAUUUCCAGGCCAUAAAACACCGAUCAAAGAUGAACCACAGAAUACGCCGAAUAUGCAAUCGUCGUUAGUUGUAAAAAGAAUCAAACAGGACCCGGAUGAAACCGGCCUUUUCGAGGGCGCAAAACAAAUCAAAUGGGAACCAGUAAAUUGGCGUGAAACGUUAAGCAAUAUCCGGCACAUGCGACAGGCCAAUCCGGCCCCGGUCGACACGAUGGGAUGUGACCAGUUCAAAGAAAGUAGUAAUGCUUCGCCAAAACUGCGCCGCUUCUACACACUCGUGUCGUUGAUGCUUUCAAGCCAAACCAAGGAUCAGGUCAACUUCGAAUGCAUGUUGCGUUUGCAGAAGCAUGGUCUGACGCCAGAAAACAUGGUCUCCACUGAUUUGGCUACGCUUGAAAAACUCAUCUAUCCCGUCAGUUUUUACAAAGUGAGUAUAGUUUGUUUUAGCGAAACUAACAAAAAUGAUUAUUUUUAUACUCUUAACAUUUCGCCAUUGAAGUAGAACAAAAAUUGAUUAAUAGCUUUACAGUUAUCCGUAACAGAUUACUAAAAAAAAUUAUACUAAUACUAAAGCAGCUAUGGCCUGUUGUAGUUAUCGCUCAGGCGGGUGGCCUUCUCAGCUAAUAAUGUGAUUGGUUUUUCUCCUGA